AUGAAAGCCAUGUUCUCCGACACUGUUGUUCUUAACAAAGGUAACUUACCUGGCAUCACAAAUGAGACAACCCUACCAGUGCAGCCUCCACCUGUUGAGGCAUUUGAAGUAUACGUUGAUGAGGACGCUACUCUCCGCGUGACAGAGAAGGAGCAGUCUGAAAAUGUUGCAAAUGAACAGCGACAAAGCGGUUUCACCCAGAAUGCGGAGCGCCUUCCUCUUCAUUCUUUACCGCUCCAACCUGCAGCAGGAGAUGCUAGGGGACAAUUAGAAAAGCUCGAAAAUGAGAUUCGUGGAUUUGAUGUGAAUGAAUUUGGAAAGCCAAGACAGUUAAUUAUUGAAGACGAGGAAACGGUGGCCGGUGCGAAAUUCUCUGUUUUGGGUGUUGACAAGAAGCCAGAACGUGGUAUCGUAACAUCUACACCAGCGCAUCCUCUUCCUCAUCCUCCUACUCAUGAAGACUUCUUCGCUCCUCUCAACCAUGUACUGGAGGAACAAAUGAAGGAAGAACAAAAUGAAGAGGAGAUUUACGCGCAGUCUGCGUUUAUGCGGCGUCGUUCGGUGGCUCCUGCUGCCAAUCCAAUGGCUACCGUUACAAAAGUUCCUGCUCCACCAAAACCAAGAACGGUGCAAGCUGCCGAACGCUCAAUGGAAUUGGCGCUUGACAAGAUGAACUUGGGCGAUUCGAAGCAGAUGGAGAAAGAGCCAGACGAUGACGAGGGUGAUCACGACCGUACCGGUUUUGGCCUUGCAGAUGAGGAGAUCACCAGUGCAAUAAAUCCAUGGGACAGAAGAGUUCGUGCAGAGAUUUUGAAACAAGCGCACAAGCCCUGCUAUCAGCACGACUUCGACGUAAGUUUUGUUUGCUAGGA